UACAGAGACACAUGUAGCUCAUGGCUUUUGUACUGGGCAACCCAGGGCAACACAUAUCGCUGGGUGUCUGAGGAUUUCCACUUCGAAUCCCGAAGCCAGGGCCUUCCUGAAAUGGUGGGGGUGCAAGAGGGCACGCUGAUCGACAAACGCUAUAGCUGCUCUGUGUGUUCAGCUAGUCAAGAUGCGGAGGCUCAGGGCACAUUCUGAGCCCUGUCUUGUCACUGGGGAUUACGCGCACGCGGCCCCGAGGAGCUCCACGCGCCUCCUCAGGGGAAGCCCGCACUGCGAACAAAGGUUUCGGCAGCUCUUUCCAGAGCGCCCCAGCCUCGCGUCCUCGCGGCCGCCAGAGCGGCCCGGCCGUCUGCGGGAGGCGAGCAGCGGACCGCGGCGCCUCGCCCGCCUGCCCCGCACCGGGGCCACGGAGACCUCAGCUCCGGGAGCGGCCCAGGUCUGCGCAAGGACCAUGGGCGCCGCGCUGCGCACAGGCGCGCGGCCGGUUCUCCUGCGCCGCCAGGCCUGCGGCGCCUCCCGGUGCUGGACGCCCUGCGCGAGCGCCCGAGGCUGCCACUCCAAGCCCGGCCCGGCGCGCCCCGUGCCCCUGAAGAAGCGCGGGUACGAUGUCACCAGGAACCCGCAUCUCAACAAGAACCUUCGCCCUAUUCCUGUUGCUCCCUUGCUGUGCUGGUUCUCUACAACCUGAUCCACUCUGGUUUGACCCAUCCCAUCAUCAUUCAAGACCUGUUUCUGACAGGGGAAAUGGAAAACAUAAAGGAAAAGGAGAGAAAGUACAGAAAAGCAAAACAGAAGAGAGGUAAACUGAUAUGAUAAUUAAACAUUGAGUUUAGAAUAAGGCUCAAGUCUAAACUCUGCUACUUCCUACUGACAUGAUGUCGGCCAAGUCAUGGAACCUUUGGGAAACUCACUUCCUCAGCUGUAACACGGACCAGGUAGACCAGAUGAUUGUGCAGGUCCCUACCAGCCCCACAUCUUACAAUUCUACAUGUAGGUAAGAAACCUUGAUGUCUGUUCGGCUGUCCUGACUGAGAGGUAUCAUGGGCUGGAUUUUGAGUGGGAACUACUUAGGAGUAUGGAGUGCUUCUGCUGAACAUUUUCCUGGACUUCACUGAGUAAACCCUGAAACCUGCACUUUCAAAAUGGAGAAAGGAGAGAGUUGGCUUUAAAUAUCUGUCAUCUGACUACGAUGGAAGUAUUAAAAUUUCACAAGUAGGAUAUUUAUAGGGCCUUUACAUUCUGCUCAUUUUUGCAGUCAGAAGAGACUGAAGUUCAGUAUGUUCUCAAAUUAGCUAAAGAAACCCCUUUUCAAAGACCCCUCACUCCAUCUGGUUAUCAUUAUUAAAGCAUUAUGGGUGGGUGUGCUUUCCAUAGGAAAAAAAUGAAUAAUCCCUUAAAAUAUAUAAUUUCAUAGAUUUUGAAGUAUGAAGACAACCAUUAAGGGAGCUUGUAAAGCAGUCUGAGGCACAGUGUGAGUUGUCAGGGGAAAAAUAUCAAAGAAUUUUCAAUAACUGAAGGUUCAGAGGAUUCUCAUGCCAAGGCCUAGGAUUGUAAGAAUACUUCUUGGAAUUCCUAAAGACUCUUGUUCAUUGCAUGGAGGCAUCUGAACCAAGAAGAUAAAUUCUGAACCACCUGGACCAUAUUAGAGCAUCUGGGAUGUCAAAAGAUAAGGACUCACCCAGAUGUACCUCCUAACACAAAUGCCUUCCCAAAGCACAAGCCAGCUGGGAGUUUCUAGCUAUGGCAUUUCAUUCCAAGAGCACUGUGCCCUGUGCCAGCCUUGCCUCUUAGACAUCAACCUAAAUCAGGAAACAUUUUCCUUUAAGCAAGGUUUAGCAGAAAAGGUGGGGCCUGGAGUCAGGCUGACCUUGAGCCAGAUCCAAGUUGCCAGCUCUGCCACGCACGUGCUCUGUGACCUCAGUGCCUGCAGUAAAUUCUUCUUGACCUGUACUGUUGAACUAAGGCAAUUAUUCAUUUGAUUUGAUCACCAGAGUCCUUCCUCUAAGAUAGUGUUUAAGAGCACAGGCUUUAAAGGCCAAACAACUGGGGUCAGAUCCUGGCUUUACAAGUACAGAAUUUCUAUGCCUCAGUUUCUUUAUCUGUCAAAUGGACAUGAUAGUAUCUACGUCGUAAGCUGAUGAUGAAGAUUAUGAGUCAAAAGUUCUUAAAACACUGCCUGAUACCUAGUAAGCACUGUAUAUGUACUCACUGUGGAAGGAGUAUUC